CUGGGGAGGCGGGGAGGCGGGGAGGCGGCGGCGGGUCGGCCCAGCCCAGCCCGCAGCUGCGGCGGUCCGGUGUGAGGGCGGCGGCGAGCGGGCUCCUGACCGCCCUCUGCCGCUGUCAAGUUUGUCACUUGGUCCCCGCGUCUGCGCCGGGUUCGGCCAGCCUUCCCCCGCCGCCGCUUCCCCCGCCAUGGCCCUGGUGCGGGACGCCGAGCCGGUGGUGGGGCCCUCCCGCUGGCUGCCCACGCACGUCCAGGUGACGGUGCUGCGGGCCCGCGGGCUGCGUGGCAAGAGCUCCGCCGGCAGCACCAGCGACGCGUACACGGUGAUUCAGGUGGGCCGCGAGAAGUACAGCACGUCGGUGGUGGAGAAGACGCAGGGCUGCCCGGAAUGGCGCGAGGAGUGCUCCUUCGARCUGCCGCCCGGCGCCCUGGACGGCCUGCUCCGGGCGCAGGAGGCCGACGCGGGCCCGUCGCCCUGGGUCACGGGCUCAGCCGCCGCCUGCGAGCUGGUGCUCACCACCAUGCAUCGCUCUCUCAUCGGCGUCGACAAAUUUCUGGGCCAGGCCACGGUGGCGCUGGACGAAGUCUUUGGUGCAGGCCGCGCCCAACACACGCAAUGGUAUAAGCUGCAUUCCAAGACUGGCAAGAAGGAGAAGGAACGCGGAGAGAUCCAAGUCACCAUCCAGUUCACUCGCAACAACUUGAGCGCCAGCAUGUUUGACCUGUCCAUGAAGGACAAGCCACGGUCCCCCUUCAGCAAGCUCAAGGACAAGAUGAAGGGCAAGAAGAAGUUUGAUCUGGAAUCUUCCUCUGCCAUCCUCCCAAGCAGUGCCCUCGAGGAUCCAGAGCUGGGCAGCCUGGGCAAGAUGGGCAAAGCUAAAGGCUUUUUCCUCCGAAACAAGCUGCGCAAGUCAUCCCUGACCCAGUCCAAUACCUCGCUGGGCUCAGACAGCACCUUGUCCUCGGCCAGCGGGAGCCUGGCCUACCAGGGCCCUGGUGCCGAGCUUCUCACCCGCUCUCCCAGCCGCAGCAGCUGGCUGUCCACUGAGGGCAGGGAUUCCACACAGUCUCCCAAGCUGCUCUCUCACAAGAGGACCUACAGCGAUGAGGCUAGCCAGAUGCGUGUGGCUCCUCCCCGGGCCCUUCUCGACCUCCAGGGCCACCUUGAUGCUGCCUCCCGCUCUUCCCUCUGUGUCAAUGGGAGCCACAUCUACAACGAGGAGCCCCAGGCCCCCUUGCGGCACCGCAGUUCCAUCUCAGGCCCAUUCCCACCCUCCAGCUCCCUGCCUGGUGUCUCUUCCCGGCCCUCUGAGGAGGUGCCUCGGUCCUCGGAGGACUCCUGGGGCAGAGGCAGCCGUGGCACCAGCAGCUCGGAGGUGGCGCCUGGACAAGAGGACUUGGGCACUCAAGCCAAAGUAUUGGCCACUGGGGCUAGCCAUUCUGGAGACGUGGAAGGGGUCCGGCAUCCAGAAGGAAAGCCGGUCCAGGUUGCCACACCGAUGGUGGCCUCCUCUGAGGCUGUGGUAGAGAAGGAGGGAGCUCGAAAGGAAGAGCGGAAGCCCCGGAUGGGCCUCUUCCACCACCACCAGGGGCUGAGUCGCAGCGAGCUGGGACGCCGCAGCUCUGUGGGGGAAAAGGGAGGUCCUGCCCUGGGGGCCUCCCCCCACCACUCAUCCAGUGGGGAGGAAAAGACCAAGAGUAGCUGGUUUGGCCUGAGAGAAGCCAAGGAACCAACCCAUAAACCCAGUGCCUCGAGGGCCAGCCCCGCCCCCCUGGCCUCCCUUGGGAAAKCCCUGCCUGAGUGGGACGACACCUUCAACAUCUUUGCUGCUAGCAGGCUGCAUCCGGAGGCCAGGAGCGAGAUCCUGGCCCCUGAAGGAGUGGGGCUGGAGGCGGCUGGGCUGCAGGCCCCAGGCCCCAGGGCCUUGACAGUGAAGGCAGCUGAGCCCCAGGGAGACCCUGGGGGAGGAAGAGGUGGGAGCAGCAUGUGGCUGGAGCCUGGGGCUCCUCUGGACUCUGAACUGGACCAGCAGAACACAAGUGCAUCUGACCCAGGGCCCCUUGGGUCAGCUGGGCCUGGCCUGCCCUCUGCAUCAGCCCAGCCGCAACUGAGAGCCUCGACCUCAGCACCAGACAGGGAGCCGCUGGACCCAGAAGUGGGAGCUGGACAGAGUCCAGCAGACAGUGGGACAUCUCUUUUCAGCUCUCCAGAAGUGAUCAGUGUGUGGGAGAGGCUACCAGGUUCAGAUGACACUCCUGAGGGCCAGGAUGAGGAGGCCCCCAGAGGUGAAAAUCAGCUUUUCCAUGAGCUCAAUACAGAUGAUUCCUGGCCUUGGGAUGUGGUCUCCAUUUCUCCUGCAACUGAGAUGGCCUCAACUGUCCUGCAAGGAGAGUCUGAUGUGCUCUCUCCUCCCCGGGUGCAAGCAGAGUCACCAGAAACUGUGAUCCUCAAGGGAAGCAAGGGGCCUCCCCCCYUGGAGCUGGAGCCGGAGCCAGAGGAGCCAGAGGAGCCAGAGCCGGAGCUGGAGCCUAAACCCCAGCAGGAGCAGGAGGAGGGGCUGAGGCCCAGCACACCACCUCCCAAGCCACCCCGCCUCUUYACACCCUCAAAUUCUCAAGUGGAGGAAGAGGAGGAGGAGGAGGAGGAACAAGAGAAGGCUACAGGGGGAUUGAGUAGCUGGGGGGCAGGGGCAGGAGGAGAAAACUCUACCCCAGAUGCACUCACUGUUGGUCCAUUGGAGACCAAGGGGGAGGGCAGGAAGCCUGACUCAGAGGAGUCUGAUAGCCGGUCUUCUGGGACCCUGCUAGGUGAGCCAGGUCUGGAGGAGCUAGUAGAGGAUCCCAGCCCCUCUAGGUCUGGGGCCUGCCCGUCUGUGCCCAUCAGGUGUCCUGAGGGUCAUGUCCCCAUACCCUGUAAUUCAUUAAGYUUGGCACUGCCCAGUCAGCAGAUUGCAGGGACUCUAGACAGGGGAGAAGGCUCUGAGGCCCAGAGUCUAGGGCCAGUCGGAGAGAGGCAUGGGCCUUUGUCAGUCACCCCCCAGCAGGCUGAUCUGUGGGCCUCAGAGGAUGCCUUGAGACCCUUCUUGUCUCAGGAGAGCCGAGAUCCCCCUAGCCUCCCAUCUACAUCCCCACCAGGGUCCAGGGAAUCUUCUAUCCACUCUGGUCCGGAAGAGCUGCCCACGCCCCCAGAACCUGCCUUUCCUCCGCCCCCUCUCCCGCCCUGGGCCAGUCACCGCCAUGUGGGUCCAGGCCUUCUGUGCUCUCCCUUGCCUGGAGCCUGGCCCCUGACCUCUACCUCCCCACCCCCCGGGGAGCCAGCCUCACCCCCCCGCCCCUUUGAGCCCUCCCUCCCUGGAGGCUCCCCUGCCCCUGAAGGGGAAGACCACGCUGCAGCCACCCCAGCCUCCCCGCUUGUGCUUCUGCCCUUGGAGACACGACCAGCUGAGGAGCUACAGCCCCGUGCCAGUCCCCAUCCCGUGAAGCCCCUCAGUGCUGUCCCUGCAGAGGGCAUUUCUGAUAGGAAGCAGUCCCGCUCCAGUCUGAGCACAGCUCUGAGCAGUGGGCUGGAGAAGCUCAAAACAGUSACAUCUGGUGGUAUUCAGCCUGUGGCUCCGGCACCCCAGCUUGGCCAGAUGGUGGACACCAAGAGAUUAAAGGACUCUGCUAUGCUGGACCAGUCGGCCAAGUACUACCAUCUGACCCACGACGAACUCAUUGGCCUGCUCCUGCAGCGGGAGCGGGAGCUGAGCCAGCGGGAUGAGCAUGUGCAGGAGCUGGAGAGCUACAUCGACCGGCUGCUGGUGCGGAUCAUGGAGACCUCACCCACACUGCUGCAGAUCCCCCCUGGGCCCCCCAAGUAGCCUCCCUUGUCCCCAUCCCUAGAGGGUUGGUGAGGACCUGCUACCCAGACAGGGGCUGUGACCACCUGCCCGCCCACCCUCCCUCCUGCUGAGCACAUUCUCAUCUGGGACGGGGUGCAGUCUGUCUUCCUGGCCACUCCAUGCUCCCUCUCCCUCCUGCCUCUACUGGGGCUGCUGGAAGUGAGCCCUUGGACUCCCGUUAGAGCCUCAGGUUCCUUUACUACCAUGCGUCUCUGGGAGCACUCAGUCUUUCCCACCUGCCUGUUUUCAUAACCCUUAGCUUUGGGGGCUCCAAGAAAUUGGAAUAGGGAAAUUAGCCCCCAAGAUGGAACAGGGAGAGCUGCAGUUUGAUGUGGUAUCUGGGACCAGACUGCUGUAGCACAGACUUUAUUAUCCUCCAAGGAUGUCAGCCAUUCCUUCCCAUGGCCAAUCCCUCAUCUUCUUCAUUUCCUAGUAUUGCUGGGUCUGGGACAGGACCAAUUUGCCUGUUUGUAGGUUGUAGGCAGCUAGUGUGCCUGUUCUGCCCCGUGCCCAUCCCGAGAGCAGGGAGCCCAUGUGGCCUGGUCUGUUCUGCUGCGUCCUGAGUCUGUUUCUGUUUGGAGCUGCUUGUAUCAGGGGUGCAGUAUAGAUGGAGGUGGUGCCGUGUGCUCUCCAGGCUGCUCCCUGCCCUUCUCUGGACCUUUCCACUGAGUGUCAUGGGUGACUGUGGAGGUAGGGUUGGGUCAGGGGAGAGCCCCUUGAUUUUCAGGUUCUCACCCACCUCUGAUGUGUGGACCUGUCCAGGUCUGAGCUUUGGGCUGCUUUUGUUUUGGGGAUAAAGCCUCCACAUCUGUUCUUAUUGUCUGUCCAGAUGCCAAAACUCUGUGCUGCUGCAGGGUUUGAAAUUUUGGAAACAAAUUAAAACGUGCCUUUUGCGGGUGGGGUCAAGAGCCUCUGGAUGUAGACCUUUCCUUCCUGGUGGCCUCCCCCUCCUGUUGAGCACUUGGGGGUGGCUCUGGGAAGGGGAAGAGGGGAUGGAGGUAGCCUUGCUCUGUGCUCUUCCCUUCCCAGAGUUAAUCUCAGCUAAGAGCCAGGCCAAGUGCUGCUGUCUCCUCGGCCUUCCUGCCAUCUUGCCCAUUUCCCUCCUAGGCAGAUCCUAGGAUAAAAACUUCUGAUGGGAGCAGGCCUGAGGCUGCUCUGCUCACUCUCAUUCUGUCAGGCCUCAACCAAGCAGCAGUUGGCUGCUCUGGAAGUGGGAGGGCACACUAUGCCUUAGGAGACUCCUGUACAUAGAGAAAAAAGCCUUUGUUGCCCUCCCACCUAUCCACUAAGCUUCUGUCCUGGCCUGUCCCUUCAUCCCYCAGCACCUUGCCUGGCUUGGCUGCAGUGCACUUUGAAAUGAAGUAUCUGCCCUUUGGCUCAGCCCCUGGUUUGUUUAUGGAAAGCGUAGUAGGCUAUCCCCAUGACAUCUGCAGGGACCCUUUGGUGGCUUGGGCAUCCUUCAUUAGCAAAGGGUGGGAGGUGAGAAGAUGCCAAAGGAGGGUACUUUUGGCCCAUUGAAGAGGCARGAGCCCUUCUGGGGCUUCCUUCUUCAUGAGAGCCUGCGGGCUCACUCAGAAAGCCUCAUAGGAGAUGGGCUUUGUGGGUGAUGUCAGUCUUCUGCCAGGAUGCACAGGAGCCCCAUACAUGGGGGAAAGCCCCUGCAGAGUUGACAUCUUUAAUGUCCACUCAGCAUAGCUGAGAAAAGUAUCCAUAGGUGUCCAGAUUUUCAGUUAUGUUUUUUGGAGUGAUUGGGGGGUGGAGGUGUCUCUUGAGUAAGGAGAUCACUCCCCUACUAGGUAUUCCUCUGGGCUCUAGGUGAUCCCAGCUCCAGUCCUGACCUUUCACCAUCCUUGAUUUUGGGCCUCUCAUGUGCUCAGGGCAGGGGUGUCUUUAGAAGAAGGUUUGAAUUGAAAUCCAGAAUUCUUGUUUGAUGUUUCUGUUCUGGCCACAAGAUGGAGAAGAGCUGCCGUGGGGUGGUCAGGAAGCAGGUACCAUUCUGCUUAGCUGUUUGUCUUACUAGUUGUAACUCCUCUGUUUAUAAAGAGCUUGUUCUUCAUGUUUCAAGCACUUUAUGAAGAAUAAAAUUUCACAUACU